AUGAGGUAUUUAUUUCCUGUUCUGCAUGAAAUAGAUUCCUACUACCUCACGGACAACUCAAAUCGAUUUCAACCAACAAAGACCCCAAGUAUGGAUACAAAUACAAGAAUAUCAGAUACAAUCCCCCAGUACCUCGCCGACAAGCUCUCGCUCGAAGAAGCGAUUCAACGCGUAACAACACACACCACCUCCAAGAAAGACCUCCUCCUCUCGAUCCUCUCCGAGGCAAAAUCCCUCCCCCGCGAAAUCGACACGCACCCGACGAGUCCGACGCCUGAUCGCCCGAGCCCGGCGCAGGAGAGGCUUUUGGACUUUGUGAGGGCUUUGCAGAAUCCGGGGCAGGUAGGUGGGAGACGGGGUGGAAGUGCUGGAAGCGGUGCCGGUACGGAUGGGAGAGGCUAUGGGAUUGAUCUCGAUGCUGGGGAGGGGGCAUUCGGUCCUGGCCGUGGGGGUGGGAAAGGGAAUGGGGAGGAUGCAGCGGAGGAGGAGGAGGAGGAGUACAAGCUGGUCAAGGAUAUAAUCCGCGCAUCGUUUCCUUCCUUCCCGCCACCACCUACUACGACGAAAGAGGGAAGACAGGACCUCGUCACUGAACAGCGCCAGCGCCGGCGCCAGUCCGCCAGCGAUGAAUCGCUUUCAACGUCCCCCUUCGAAUCCACCCCCGCAUCAGCCUCGAAGCCCGCAUCAUCCCUGGGGACGACGACACACCACAGACGAAGCAGCAGCACAUCCGGCCCAGCAAGACAAUUCAACAACCUAAUCUCCUUCCUCGCAUUCUUGACGAAAGAGAAUCUCCUCCUUUCGCCCGGCGUCGGAGAGCGGAUUGCGAUUGAGAUGGUGCGGGAUACGUUGUCGCAGCAUGGGGGUUCGAUACGCUCUCACUCGCAAGCACACUCAUCCACAGGACCUGGACGGUAUGAGGCGGGUUCGGGGGAAAGCAAAAGCACACCCUGGUUCGGCGACGCGGGUUCCGAGAGUAUAUCCGCCGUGGCGCUGUGGAUGAUCAUCAUGGGUGAGGAGUUAUUUGCGCGUGUACAUGAACAAGAAAAACAAGAAGAAUUACAGCGGAGCCGCGCUGGGACACGGACAGGGGCAGGGCGAGGAGGAAUCGUCGACGAGUGGGAGACGUGGAUGGCGCGGUUGCAGUAUUUGUCCUUGCGGGAGGACCUGAAUGUUGAGGCGAGGGAGGCUGCGGCGGAGGGGGCGGCGGUUAUGAGGAGGGUUUAG